AUGGUGGCUGGACACGAAGUACAACAUCGAGAUUGGGCGCCAAUCUACCAUGGAGAUGUUAUCAAAGUUGGUUUCUCGAGUCUUUGCUUCGUGCUAGAAGAAAGACUCUUGCCUGUGGCCGAAAAGCAAAGAGAAUCUUAUUAUGAGCCCAACGAUGAAGAAGAGCAUUAUGGACAGAAUGACCAAAGCACAAGGUCUCUUACGUGGGACGAAGUGCUCAAAAAGAUUAAUGAGAUGCUCGACGGGAUGGAUCACAGAGAGUCCAUCAGAAAUAAGAAAACAACCAACGAUAAUAGACGGACUGAGCUUGCUACAGAGUCUGAUACUGAAACGGAAUCAGAUUCGUCUAGUGAGGAUGAUAAAUCCUCUCCCUCUCCAAAGACGCCUAUGAACAAGGUGCCAAAAGAGUACAAGUCAGAAAGCGAAGAUGAAACUUCGUCUGAAUCCGAAAAUGAUAGUAGCACUGAUUCUUCAAGCGAUGAAGAGAUAGAAGUGCCAAGACGAGGGUGUGCCAAUCCAAACGCCCUCAAGCCUUCAGAACGUGCGAGGAUUAAGAUUUCAGAAAAAGGGAUACUUGGAGCCCCUCCUAGCGCUAUCCCUAAUAGCAGCACGAGUAUCACCUCAAAAGAUACUAAAGGCAUACUUGGCCCGGCCAAGGCAUUCAGUGCUAUACGGCCUUUGGAAUGGGUUCAGCCUAGAACAACGAAUGAGAACCAAGGGCCCGACCAGCAGAACGAGUCGGCAAGACGAAGAGACACAAAGCACUCCAUGGGCAUCCUAACACGAGCAGAAAGUAGGGCGACACCUCUUGAAGGACAAACGCCUGAGGCAAGUCCUAAAGAGAGGCUAAGGCAGAGCAAAGAAGAAAUCUUCACCAUAGCUUCACCAUUCAGAUGGGCAGAUGAGCCAUGGAAUCUUGAACCCCGUGAGCAAACUGAAAUGAAAACAAUGGAGCAGCCAGCCACGGGUAGCAAAGGGUUGUUACCACCUCCUAGCAUACAAAACCAACCUAAGGAGGGUGGUAUGGAUCACGACUUCUUAGAGUCUCCCAACAAAAAUGCACGAAUGAAACUCCAACAAGGGGCGACUCAAGAAUUGGCAAGACAAAACGCCAAGUUAGAUAGAGCCCAAGACGAGAGACUUCCCCUCGUCAAGCGCCAAGCAGGAAAAGAGUUUGAAGAAGAGCUCCUAGCAAAGACAGACGGAAUGUUCCCCGAGUCUGAAGAAGAAAACGAAGACCUACCUGAGGAACGUCAUGACUUUAAGGUGACAGAAAUAGGAGCAGCCGGUGAUCAGUACACCGUGACCACCUUCGCCUCUUCCCAGCGUCAAAUACAUUCUGGGUAA